GAGGUUUUCAUUCUGCCACCUGUGCCAUUUUAACGCUAAUUUCUUCCAAUUAAGUUAUGAAAAGGUCUUUAAAGAGAUUUCAACGUGUAUCUUAAGUGUUGCGGAAUGAUUUUGUGCCAUGAAAAGUCGGCGGAAGUAGCGAAAAUCGGCGAUAAAAUUGCCAAAACCGGAUUCACUGGACCAGGACCUCCGAGCUGGCGUACGGCAGGGCGAGAUUUUCCCGUCCCAAAAUGGUGAGAAAAACACGACCCUCCGCAAGAGUGAACCACCCUCCUUAGAUUGAAAUGAUCUGAAAAUAACUUAAGUGAGACACUGAUAAAUGAUGAGCGAGGGCAACGCGACGUUUGUGGAGGAGUGCGAGCGUUCAAACGCGAGCGAGUCAGAGGACUGUCUGCGGCACGCGCCCGUGUUGACGCACGCGGCGGCCGUCAAGUCUUUGGUGUUGGCGGUGAUGGCGGUGACGUCGCUGGUGGCCAACGUGGCCACCAUCGUCAGCAUCCACCGGCACCGCAAGCACCGCGUCAGCUCCGUCUACCGGCUCAUCCUGCACCUGAGCAUCGCCGACCUGGUGGUCACCUUCUUCUGCAUCGGCGGCGACGCCAUCUGGCACUACACCGUCGAGUGGUACGCCGGCGACAUGGCGUGCAAACUGUUCAAGUUCGCGCAGAUGCUCGGACUCUACCUCUCCACGUACGUGUUGGUGCUGAUCGGCGUCGACCGCUUUGUCGCCGUCCGCUACCCCAUGAACUGCCUCACCACCAAGACCUGCAACAGGUACGUCGCGUGCGCCUGGGCCCUCAGCGCCAUCUGCAGCGCCCCUCAGUUUUUCAUUUUCCGAGUGGUGCGGGGUCCGUUCAUCGAGGAUUUCUACCAAUGCGUGACGCACGGAUUUUACACGGAGAAGUGGCAGGAGCAGAUGUACACCAUGAUCAGUUUUGUGCUCAUGUUCGUGCUGCCCCUGUCCGUGCUCGUCUGCACCUAUUUCAGCACCGUGUUCACCAUAGCGCGUAGCGAGCGGCUGUUCAAAGCGGAAAUCGAGUCAAACGGCACCACCCGCUUCACAGCAGCGCCCGACCUCAACCGUCGGCGCCUCAUGCAGCGGGCCAAGAUGAAAUCCCUGCGCAUCUCGGUGGUCAUCCUAGCUGCGUUCGUCAUUUGGUGGGCUCCUUACUACGUCUCCAUGAUCUACUUUAUGUUCACUGCCAGUGAAGAGCUUGCUGAUGAUCCGGAGGAGCAAGUGCUGCGGUCGGCAAUCUUCUUUUUCGGCAUGUCAAACAGCUUGGUGAACCCUUUGAUAUACGGCGCCUUCCACUUGUGGCGCCCAAGACCAAGGGCAAACAGCUACAGAUCAGCUGGAUUCAACCGGGACGGGUCGACGCGGCGGAGCACGGCCACUCACGUGAGUCUGCGGCGAUGCAACUCGCGCAGCACCAGGGUAACCAUCGGCCGCGGCGGCAUGACGAGUUCGCCGACCAGCCCGGCGCCGAUCCGAGAGCUGAACGGCGGCGCCAGCUCAGGGCCCGAGCCGACCACCGAGACGGCGCUCGUGUCCCUCGACUGCGGCGCCAGCAUCGAGGCGCGUCUCCUCGAGCCCGACGACGAAAUCCUCGGCGCCGCCAAACUACUCGGCAGCGACGCCAACGACGUCAUUCUCAGAAAGUGCGCGCACCAAUAUCCAAGUGAUGGACAGCGCAACUUACGAGCUUACAAGUGUUAGUCAGGAGAAGGGUAUAUCGGCCUGGUGCUACUUCUAUGUGUAAUGCGUACUUCAAAAUUAUUAAAAAUCUCUGUUUUAAAUCACAGGUGGUAGCUCGGAGUGUCUGUAGUUUUAUCGUUAAUUUCUUUGUACAAACAGAAAAAAAAGGAAUAUCUGUAAAAAUGUUUUAUUUAUUUUAAUAGCAUUGGGAACAUAAAACUGCAUCAAUUCCAUUUUACCUCAAUGCUCCAGUUUCAAAAACGUCAUUUGAUGUACAAUCUCAAAACUUGGUGUUAUAGCUGUGAGAUGAAUGCAUAUUAUAUAAUUACGCAGAACAAGAUUAAAUAUUUAUAUUUCAAUCACACAAAUAUAUUUUUUCCUUUGACUCAGGAAAAUUAUAGUAGAUGUAGAAAUAUGACCUGUGGGUAAUUAUUAAAAUUACUUCCGAAAAACGCUCAAUAAUUAUAGUUUCAAGUUCCUCACACACAGUAUCAUUUUAAAUCAAAAUAUUAAAUUUUAUUGUGUUUAUGAUGCCGAUUCAUGUCAUUUUGUUCCACUUUGAUGACGCGAUCUCAAACACCACACACGUGUUGCAUAAUGUUCUUGGCGAGACACAAACAUUUUACUAGAAUUACGGAUACUUAUAAUAAAUCUGCGUAAAUUUUGAUGUGGGUGAAUUUCAAUCAAAGUUUUGUGAUAUUAUUAUACAUACAUUAUUUUGGUCAAAUAUCUCGGUUAUAUAUUUAGGGUUUAAUAUCUAAAUAAAAUUAUAAAUAUUAAUAAAUUUUGUUUUAUCAAGAAUAAAACAAACACUUCUUGUAUUGUUUGCCAGUAACGAUAAAUAAUUUGAUUUAAAAUAUUCUCUUUACCAAAAAUCAAAUUGUUUCCUUGUAAAGGGAGGAUGGUUCACCCUCGUUAAUAUUUUUGUCAUCAAAUAGCUGUGUAAGGAAAAAACAAUUCAAUUGUUGUUUUUAUGGCUGCUAUUUGGCAGUGAUUGAUGUGUUCCUGAAAUGUACAAUUUCGUUACAUAAUAAAUGUGUACCUUAAUUUCAGUGUGUUUAGAGGCUAAUGGGUCGUCCUAUAGGGCUCAUUGUUAAAAGAAAUGGUUGAUUUUGCCAAUGAAAUUUAUUAUUUUAGAAUAAUGGCCCUUUGCUGUGAAUCAUGAUGAAAUUAAAAACUCUUAAAAUACCAUGUAUUAUAAAAUAUACUCGAUAUAUCCUCUGAAAUGUAUAGAUUUGUUCCAAAUUGCUAAAUAUUAAUAAUUUUGAAAAAUAAAACA